AUGGCGCUUAAGAAGGCCAAAAAAUUCAAAUACGCACCCAAGAGGACGGGGAUUGGUCUUGUUGAUGACGAUGCCGGUGAUGACCGGAGUAGGAGGGAGAAUGGCGAGACCGAUGAUGGGGACUGCCCUGGGUUUGUGAAUGGUACGUCGCGUUUUCUGCCGCCUGCAGACGACGCGCCAACUCCAGAUCUGACCGCGAUUGAGCUGCCUCUUGCUGUAGGCAAUUUUGCAAGCAAACGGGCAAAUGAACGAACCUGA